UUCGUGACCUAUUCCGUAUAAUAUUGGAUAAAAGCUGCUGGGUGAUACUAAUUCUGUAAUCCAGUAAGCAUAAAAAGCAGCCUUUGGUGGGCGUAAUAAGAAAUGUUUCCUAUAGCAUAUUUUUGAGUUACGCUAACCACAUGAAAAAAAAAAAGUAUGAAAAUAUUAAGCAACCAAAAUGUCCGUGCGUUUAAAAGACCGUCGAAAUUUUACGUGCGCGGAUCUACAGUUUUUGGCCCGAGUGGCCAACAAUCCAGAGUUACUGGAGCAACCUAAAAGUGGAACAAAAUUGCGGAAACGUCGAAGUUUCAAGUACGGUCUCUCGCAUUCGGUGCACGACGUGCCGGGGUCUGUUAAAAAGUGCGAAUUAUCGAGUGAAAAAUUAAAAAGAACCACUUUGAAGCCAUCAGGAAUUGAUUUCGGGAAUGCGAAAUGUGUUCAUCAUGAAAAAAAGUAUCACGGGAAAUUUUAUGGAAGGAUAUUAAGUUGUUUUAGGCUGUUUACAAGGACUUUGGGAAGAGGAAAUGCGAAAAUAAGUAAGGACGGUAGCAAGGUGACGACGGUGGUUGCCACACCUGGCCAGGGUCCGGAUCGGCCUCAGGAGGUCAGCUACACCGACACCAAAGUCAUUGGCAAUGGAAGUUUCGGGGUCGUUUACCAGGCGAAGCUGUGCGAAACUAACGAACUGGUCGCCAUUAAGAAAGUGCUGCAAGAUAAAAGAUUCAAGAACCGCGAACUGCAAAUCAUGAGGAAAUUAGAACAUUGUAAUAUAGUUAAACUUAAAUACUUUUUUUACUCCAGUGGAGAUAAGAAGGAUGAGGUGUACCUGAACCUAGUUUUGGAAUAUAUACCCGAAACGGUCUACAAGGUGGCGCGACAUUAUAGCAAAUCUAAACAAACUAUACCUAUUAGCUUUAUUAAGUUAUACAUGUACCAGCUGUUCCGAUCUCUAGCCUACAUUCACUCUUUGGGCAUCUGCCAUAGAGACAUUAAGCCGCAGAAUUUACUGCUAGAUCCGGAAACUGGCGUGCUGAAACUUUGUGAUUUUGGUAGUGCCAAGCAUCUGGUCCGAGGCGAACCGAACGUUUCUUAUAUUUGUAGUCGAUACUACAGGGCUCCAGAACUAAUCUUCGGCGCAAUAGAUUACACGACGAAAAUCGACGUGUGGUCGGCAGGAUGCGUUUUAGCGGAGCUCCUCUUGGGCCAGCCGAUUUUCCCCGGCGAUUCCGGAGUCGACCAGUUGGUCGAAAUCAUCAAAGUUUUGGGCACCCCCACCAAAGACCAGAUCAAAGAAAUGAAUCCAAAUUAUACAGAAUUCAAGUUCCCGCAGAUCAAGUCUCAUCCAUGGCAACAGGUACGGAUUGGACAGGUGUUCCGCCAAAGGACUCCGCCGGAAGCCAUCGAGCUGGUGGCCCGUCUUCUGGAGUACACGCCCUCCGCCCGAAUCAGUCCGCUGCAGGCCUGCGCGCACGCAUUUUUCAACGAACUCCGGGAACCCGGAGCUCGCCUGCCUAACGGCAACGAGCUACCUCCGCUAUUUAAUUUUACGGAACAAGAAUUAAGCAUACAGCCAUCCCUGAACAGCAUUUUGCUACCCCGGGGCCUGCAAUCCGGACAAGGGGCGGAAGGCAGUUCGGGGCAAGAGAACGCCUCGGGAGGCGGGAGCGCAACGGAUCACCCGACCGACGUGAGCAACACGCCGAUCCCGAACACAUCAGGGUCGGCGGUUGCUUAGGAUACGACCGUGAAAGAACCGAGCCGAGCUUAGAGAGAUAGGCGUGUUGUGCGCAGAAGGCCCGCGCAGUAGGUGCUGGGGCUGAGAUUAGUUUUUUUUUGUUUCUGCGUGCGUGUACCGGACAGUAGUGUGGCGGGAGAAGGGAGCGGUGGUUUACGCGGAUGAUGACGCGCCCCUGGAGUUUUUUUUUUUUUUUUAGUUCUUUUUGUUAGUACGAGGAAGUAUUCUCUUAUUAAGAGAGUAAAUUUUAAUUGUAUUGGAUGACACUCUAACGGGCAACUGAUGGCGGACAGUGCGGUUCACUUAAAAAUGGCUGUUUGGUGUAUAUUGGGAAUUAUUCUAGGAAUACAACUAUGUUAAUAUGUAGUAUUAGUAGGAACAUGUAAAGGACUAAAUUUUUCAUGUGUUGUUGACACCUCGAAUAAUUUUGGUCUAAUUAAUUGCAUCACAAUCCAUAUUUGCAUAUUUUUGAACACGGUAACAUUUCUGCAGUACUACAUAUUGGAGUCUUUGAAUACUUUCUAUCAUCACCGUAAAGUGCACGGCACCAACGUAGGUGGUGUUGGGUCAACCGGACAAGUCAACUUUAAAAUACUAAAAGCAACUUUUCUGGUUAUCGAAAAACCCAUUUAAAUUUCUGUGUAAAUAUUUUCACUUAUUUUUUUCUCUAUUAGGUCUUUUAUUGAAUAAUUUGUAUGUAUAUUAGGUGUUGUAUAUGCGACAUAAUGCAGUUUAUAAUACAACAAGGAAGCAAAACUGGUAAAAUGUAUUUUUUUUUUCAUAUAGAAGAUACUUUUAAUAAUCAACCGAUUCUAACAUAAAAGCGAGAUUUUAUUUAUAUGUCUAUUUUUUGUGUAAAUGUAGUAGAGGCGAACCAAAGUGUUUGUUUAGUGUAACAUGGUUUAUAGUCACCCCGGAGAUGGUAUUUUUUCCAAAAGAAUUUUUAAAAUUUUACUUUGUUUUAAAUAUCGCGGAAUAUUCAGUAAACUGUAUAAUUAUUUUAAACAAGCUGCCCCAAUUAAGAGUUUAUUUUCUUCAAUAAAAAUAUUGCUUAGCAAUAAACUUAAAUAAAUAAUUCAUCAAGUGCAAUCAUCUGACUACCGAAGAGCAGUGUUCUAUAAGACAUUUUUUAAUUUCAAAGUUAUUAUUAGAAAUAAACUUUAUGGUUAAAUUGGUCUCCCACUAAGAAUCACUCUCUAGUGUAUGUGUAUUAGCUCACCGGGAAAUGGUAGAAAUAGGAAUAACAAAUACUUACAGUAAUGGCCAAAAGUAGAUAGACAAAUGGUUUUUUAAAAAAAUCAAAGGAAAUAAAAAUUCUAUCAUAAAGAUAUUUAAGUAUAUUAUGGGCAACAUAAACAUGUAUAAAAAUAAUAAAACAUUCUUUGGAAAACAAUCACCUAAUUUGGUAAAUAAUAAGAAAUAACUAAAUAUACGCUGGACAAAAGUAGAUAGACAAAUUUAAAAAAUAACCAACCAUCUACAAUAUUUAUUGUCUAUUACAUCCUGAGAUCUACGUGGCAUUGAUUCAAUAAGAUUGUCUAUGAGUUUAAAACCAAUAUUUUUCCAUUUCUGUUGCAACCGUUCGAAUAAUUCACCUUUAUUUGAAUAGUUUGUAUCCCUAAUAUCACGAUCUACAAUUUCCCAUAAAUUUUCGAUGGAAUUAAGAUCGGGUGACUGGGAUGGCCAUUUUAAAACUGGUACUUUUCUUCUUUGAAAAAUUGCUUCAUAAUUUUGGAGGAAUGCUUCGGGUCAUUAUCUUGCUGGAAUUGGAAUCUCAAUGGUAAAUUGUCUUCGACAUAGGGCAACAUUACAUCUCUGAGAAUAUCCCUGUACAUAAACCUGUCCAUUAUGCCCUCUAUGCGAUGUAACGGGCCCAUUCCAUAACCUGAGAAACAACCCCAAACCAUCACUGAUCCACCUCCAUGCUUCACUGUGUGUUUUGUGUACUUGGAAGGACGUCUAACAUAUUGAAUUCCAUCGGAAUUAGACAAAUUAAACUUCGAUUCGUUGAUCUAGCAAACACGUUUCCAUUCAUGCUUUGUUACGUUCAAAUAGAUUCUCUUCUACCAACCUUCGUCUUACAGUCCUUGAGGACACAUUACAAAUCCCUAGAGCCUGUAAUUCUAUCUGAAUUUGACGAGAAGUCAUGAAAGGGUUAUUCUGGCUAAUUUGUUUUAAUUUGCGUACAGCCCUAAUGUCCAUUUUUUUUUGGUCGACCAGAUUUAUUUUUUGGCUCUAAUGAUCCUGUCCUUUCAUAUCUUUUGAUAAUUGCCCAAACAGCUUUUCUUUUAACAUCAAAUCUACGAGCAAUAUCAAUUUGACGAUCACCCGCGCGAUAUGCAUUAAUAAUGCGUUGUCUUAAAUCAAGAGAGAAUCUAAUUCCGCGUGGCAUGUUGCACCUUGAGUUAAAGAGAAGCAAUACUAUACUAAUUUUAUUUUAUAAAUAUCUAGACAAAAAAAUAAUUCCAAAAUUGUUUUUGUCGUAUCUACUUUUGACCAGCUGUAUAUUAUCUGAUAGCAAGCUAAAUAUUUAACUGAAAUUUAUUGGUAUCUUUUUAUAGACCGCCUUACAAAUAACAAUAAUUUAAAAAUCUAGAGGACCUGUGAGUAAAUCUUUAAACAAUUAUAUGAAAAUAAUACUUUGUCUAUCUAAUUUUGGCCACUACUGUAGAUCAAAAAUGCAGGAGCUAGAUUUUUACGGCGUAAAUACUUGUAUCAAAAAAAGUUAAAUAUAAAAGUUGUGGAUAAUUAAAAAAUACACAAUUUUUAUUUGAAACAUUUUUUGACAUAACCUAAAAGUUUUAAAGAAAAGUGAAAAAAUCUAUAAACAGUUUUUUCUUUGGAACCCACCAGGGUGCCAUCUGAAAGCAUCUUUCAAAACAAUGCAGAAUCAUCAGCAUUAUAAAUUUGUGAUUUUGGCCUAGUAAUUUUAUAGUAUAAUCCAAUUCAGCUAUAAAGGAUUUAACAGCUGACAAAUCAUUCGAUAACAGUUCUCUCAAAUCUUUUUCGAAAAUUGGCAAUCCAGCCUUAGCCUGCAUGAACAUUUUUAUUUCUGUAAAAUCUGGCAUAGAAUUCUUUAGCUUUUGCUAUCGAUUUCUAAGACCUACAAACCACAAAUAUAGUUUACUUUUCAUUUUUAAUUUUCAAUUAGAAAAAUUCACCAUCAUCGGUGCUCGUAUGGCCCCAUUUAAGUUCGCGAAACCACACUUCUGAAGCCAUUUUCAAGUUUCUUCUUAUCAUCUAACAAUGAUAAAUUACACACGAAAGUGCUUGGAAUCCAUCUGUUUACUUAUGACUAUAUUAACAUUACAUAAGUAAUUCCCAGUCAGGCACUAGAGAGUGGAUUGUCGUCAAAUAGACAUGGGCUGCUAUUUCAGAAGCUGCUUCACCCUGCUUUUCAGUUCUGAAAAAAACUGUUACUAAAAAACAGUUUACUGUGAAAAGUGCUAUGUAAAUGUGGGAAGCGGUCGACUAAUACAGUGCGAACUCGUCAUGGAUUCACAAUUUUUAAAUCGAGUUAUUUCCUUCGAAGGGGAUACCAGCGGAGUUUGAAUUACGCGUUUCGAAAAUUGAUGUAUUUAUAUUUGAAAACUGCAGUUCAAAGCUAUUUAAUUUAAUGAAUACUUUAAAUAAAUCUUAAAUUAGAAUGCUUCUUUUUAAAUUAUUUUGACAGUUAUUUUUUUCUGAAACUUCCAAUGCUUUUAAGAUUCUAAAUUACCAAGAACAUCGUGUACAAAAGUAUUCGUGUUUUUGGUAAGUAUCAUUAAAAAAAUUAAGAUACUUAAAAUGUAGGUAUAAAUUACUAUUAAAAAAAUGGGUUAUUUGUUAUCAAUUUGUAAAUUAUAUUCACGUAGAGCUACCCAAUAAGGCAAAAAUAUUGCGAGUUGAUUAGUCGAGUGACUGGUGAUUCCCCGAUAUGUCAUCGACCUUGAUUUCCAAAGUUCUAUAUUGCUAAAUUGUAAAGUAGUGUUGCCACGUUUGUUACUACCACUUAUUAGUCAAAACACAAUUAGAAAGGCCUUUUAAGGCUACAUUGCAAGUUAUGCCUGUGCCAACAUCCUUAACGCAUAUCAAGUGCUCAAUAGUUCAUUCUUCCAUUUUAAGUUAUACCGCUGCUAAAAGACUUAGACAUCAAAGCUCUUCGUUUUCUAUUUAUCACCAUUAAACGAAGAGCUUUGAUAUUUCUGUUUGCCCUGAAAGGCCUUAUAUAGGCUGAAACGUUGGCUAUUAAAGAAAAAAAAUUGAAAAGCUUGGAUUGUUUUUUUGACCAUUUAGCCAACUAAACCCUUAAAAAUUAAAAAAAAUAAAGUUUAUUUACGUUGAGAAGCUUUGAGAAUGAGAAAUUUGGGAUAAUUAUUAAUUACACCGAUUUUUGUUUUUCUUUUAGUAAAAGUAGUACUGAAAGUUAAUUAAUUAAAGAAAGUAGGUAAAUGAUAUAUCUCGUGUAAUUUCAAUUUAAAAAUCAAUGACUAAUUUUCCUAUAAGUAUUUAUUGCAAUUGUUUAUGCAUUUUAAAAAAAUAGUCAUAGUCAUAAAGAAAAAUAGGAAUGGGGCAAACUAAUUUGGAUCUCGUUAGGAUCUAGAUCCGACCUUAAAAAAUUAUGGAUAUGAGGUUGGAUUUAGUCUCAAAAUGCUUUGAAAACUGAGACAAGUGGGUGUUUUCAUGGUUUAAUUCCGUUUUCAAAUAAAUUUAAUACCCACGAAAACGUAGCAACUAUUUAGAUUCUAACAGCAGUUGGACAUGACGUUAUUCGAGCGAAAAAAUAUUAUGUCGUAACGCUUAAGACAUCGUAAGGCGCUUACUCGCUAAAAUAUGGGUUAUAUACUUCAGACGAUGAUUGACCAAUUUUUCACUCAAGUCGGUAAGCUCAGAAAACCAGUUGACAAUUUAAUACGCGAUAUUUAAACUAUGGUAUUCUCAAAUGGCCCGUGAUCCUCAAAAAACGUCAUUUUUAUAUCACAUUUAUUACUUGGCUAAAUUAUCAGACAUAAUAUUAAAAUUUCAUUAAUUAUAUCUAUCAUUGGAAGCGAUUGUCUUACAGGGUUUGUUUUAAAUACAAAUAAAAAUAAUCCAUAUAGAUCCAAUUUUAAGGGCGCAUUGGUACAGCAUUGUUACUAAAAGGAGCAGUAGUAACCAUACACUACACUAAUCUACAUUACAAGGAAUACUAUAAAUAAUUUCCUAAAAAAAAGAACACCUACACUAAUAUUCACCCAUUCUAACACCCAAAAUAUUACUUUUAGUUGGGGUACCUUGUAUCUAAAUAAUUUUAUAUGAAAAUAUCACGUGCAACAAAUGUUGAUAAAAAUACUGUUUUCGGCUUUUAGAGAAAGUAGUAAUAACCUAAUAGUUCGGAAGCUGUUAAACCAGAAUUAAGGGGUAAAUUUAUGAGCUUCUCUCUAAAUUUAGCCAAGAAAACGUCCAUAUUUUUGUGUUUUGGCGGGUCUAAAUCUAGUGCAAAUUCUCUCUGGAAAAAGAUUCCUUAACAGCUCUUAAACUAUGAAGUUCUAGAAGUGAAUACAGAAAGUAUAUAUACCGAUAUUUAUGUAGACAUUACUGGAAUUUUCGAGCCAAACGUGCAUUUUUUUCAGGUCAAAUACAUCUUUUUUUUGACAAUAAAUAUUGCUUUUGCACGUUUCGCUCGAAAUCAUCAGGGAAAAGUAACGAUUUUCAUCAAGCUGUAUGUUUUAUGAACUUAUUAAACAAAGUUUUAAACAUUUUAUUUCAUUUCUGGUAUUAUUGCGUUGUAUAUUUUAAAAUAAAAUAAUAAUAAUAAUAUUAAUAAUAGAGUUACAGUAGAUGAUUCAUAAAUUGCAAGCGGCAGUGAAACUAGAUGUACAUUUUCGAUGUAUUUAUGCAUUGCGCGAAUGUCCCUAUAUGCUUUGCUUUAAUAGAACUGAGCAAAUCGUUGACAAAGUGUAAUACAUUUAUGUUGUUGUUUUUAUGUUAUAAUAGGUUACUACUAUUUAUCAAAUUUAAGAUAAGACUCACGUACAAGACAAAAACCUAGUAAGUCAAAUUAGGUAAGUUUUGGGAAAUUAAUAAAAUAUAAGAUUUUAAAGAAAAAAUUUGAGAUACUUUUUUAUUUAUUAAGAUGCAAACUCUAAAUUAUUUUACAGUUAUUUUAUAAAUUUGCAAAACUUGCUAAAAAUUGGUCUGCAAAACAUAGGUACUAAUUUUUGGGCAACAAAUGCCAUUUGCUAACACACGCAAAAAAAACAUUGGUAUCUGUCAAUUAGUUCAACAUAAAACACGAGUUACUUAUGGGACAUAAAUUUGAAUGAUUAUAUGGAGGGCUCAGAAGCCAAUCAGUUAAGUACUCGAUAUAAAAAAUGGGAAAAAAGUGUUUUUUUUUCAAAAUAUGUUUUAUAAAACAAAGAUUUCCGUAAUAUUACAGUGAAACUUCUCUAACUCGAAUCUUCAAGGGACAGACUAAAAAAUUCGACUUAUGGAAAAAUAGACUUACAGAAAAAAACGCCUAAUUAAGGGGUUAUUGUUUAUUAGUACCAAAAAAAGUAUUUUCUUCGUAUAAAACUAAAAUUUUGUAUGUUGUAUGUGUUACAUAAUAUGUAUGCAUAUCAAUAUGUUUAUAAUUUUUUUUUAAAGAAGUCAGUUAUUUUUUUUUGUGAGAAAUUGGUCCAUUUUUCCUUAUCUAUAUAAUCUUCUAAUAAAUUUAAAGAAUUGUGUAUUUCAUAUGGAAUAUUUUCUCUGGAUAAAAUAAAACAUCUUAUCUUUUCAAUAGCAGAAAUCGUCUCGUCAAUUGUAGGUGUCGGAACAGUCUCACCUUCGCUUUGGCCAUCAUCUUCAGGGUCUGAAACAAUACAAAACAAUUCUUACAAUCUAAAAAGGCAUAAUCUAGACUAGCCUACCUUUUUUAUUUGGAACAAGAUUUUCUAUUACGCUUUUUAGGAUCUCUUCAUCAGUUGGAAAACCUGUUGUUUGUACAUUAUCAUCAAUCGUCACAUAGUCUUCAAAUGAAACAUCACUCAUGUUUAUAGCCCUUCUGUAUGAGGUCCACAGGGUUUUUAAUUCAGAUAAUGGAACAAGGUCAUCCUCGUCCCAGUUAUCAGCAUCUUGUUGAACUUUAUCUUUAACAAAUCCUGCUUUUCUAAAGCAAUUAGCAAUGGUUUGUUCUUUUACAUCCAGAGUCCACGUUUUAUUAAGAUCUUGAAUUGCGUCAAGUAACGUCACAGUUGUAGGAGUUGCCACUUCCAUAUGGGCUAAAACUUUCAUAACAAUCCGCUUCCUAUAAUGUUGCUUCAAAUUUUUUAUAAUUCCUUGAUCCAUGGGUUGUAAGAUUGACGUAAGGUUAGGCGGAAAAUAUUCAAGUUUAAUAUUUUUUAACUUAGAUUCAACAGACUUGGGAUGUGCAGGACAAUUAUCAACGAAUAGUAAAACUUUUCUUCUUUGGGCUGCAAAUUUCUUAUCAAGCUUUAAUAGCCAUUUUUCAUAAAUCUCACUUGUCAUCCAUGCUUUUUUAUUAAACUCAUAGUCCACUACAAAUGAUUUAAUGCCCUUAAAACAACGUGGAUUCUUUGACUUACCAAUGAUUAGCAACCUAAGCUUUUCAGUCCCACUCAUAUUACUUCCAACCAUAGCUGUAAUUCGUUCCUUGCUGUUUUGUCCUUUAAAUGCUAGUGUUUUGUUGGGUAAACAUUUAAAGAAAACUCAUGUUUCAUCAGCAUUAAAAAUGUUGACCGAUCAGAGUGGGCAAUACAUUCUUUUGCCAUUCUUCACCAGACGCCAAAUCUGCAGAAACACUUUCACCACAUAAAAACAUUUGAACGAUGUUAUGCCUAGUUUUAAACUUAUCUAACCAUCCUAUGCUAGCUGCAAAAUCGUCCCGCCCUAAAGCAGUUGCAAACUCCUUAGCUUUUUCUCUUAUAAGAAUUCCAGAUAGAGGGAGAUUUUUAUUUCGUGCCAUAGUAACCCACUUAAGCAUUGCUUCAUCAAUAUUUUCAUUUACACAAGGUGUAAGCCUUCUCCUCUUACAGUUUGAAGCGUAAUCAUCUUUUUUUUCUAAAAGUCUAUCCUCGUUUUUUAGGAUCGUUGACAGAGUAUUGGGUGGUAUCCCAAACUGUUCGGCAAUAUCCUUCUUUUUCUUUUCACCUUUUUCCACUUCAGCAAUUAAUUUCAAUUUCUCACAUAAUGGUAAGCACUUUAAUUUUCUCUUAGCCAUAAUUAUUUUUAAUAAAAACAAAUUGUCUUAAUUCGCAUACGCACCAAAAAACUGUAACCACAAAACCGCCACGUCGCGAUGAGAGCCUUUUUCCGUUUGAACUAAUAAAAAGAAAAAUGAUGCAAUAGCAAAUCCAUGUAACAAACAGAUUUUUUCCUAGAAAAAUGUCUGUACUUCCCCGCAAAAUUCGAGUUAGCCAUCGGCAAUGCGUUAAACGUUAUUUCGACUUAUAGAAAAAUUCGAGAUAGAGAAAUUCGACUUAUAGAGAUAAAAUAUCAUAUAAACUUGAUGAUACCUUUUUUGGUAGUAUAAAAUAUUCGAAUUAGGGAAUAUUUCGAGAUAAAGAAGUUCGAAUUAGAGGAGUUUUACUGUAAUAACUGUAUUUAUUCAGACAUACAUUUAUAUGACCGAGUUUAAUAAAAAGAAUUACAUUUAUACAGAAAAAAAAUUAGUUAAGCAAAUUGUCCACUAAAACUAACACACUAAAAAUUAAUAAAUAAAUUAAAAAUCGUCACAUUAUUAUCACUGGAAGGUAUCAACUUAAGCAACUGUUGAAGUUUAAUUUAGAAAAUGCGUCUAAGAUUUAGCUAGAGGGGGAAAAGAAGCAGAGAACACUACAAGAUACAAGUCAAGGGUAGAAAUUAAGUUAAAAUUAUUAAAAGCGGACGGAGACUAGUUACUAUAUAUUAAAGUAUAUAGUAAAGUAUAAAGUAAAGUAUAUAUACGAGGGUGGUCCCAGAAGUACGAAAAUUUUGUAAAAAAAUGUAUUUAUUUUUCAACAUAAUCUCCUUUCAGCUCUAUACACUUUUCCCAGCGAUGUUUUAUAAGUUCGAUACCCUUUUUAUAAUAAGAACUGUCUUGCGCCUCCAAAUAGCCAUUAAAUGCAGAUAUCACUUCUUAAUCGUUGGAAAAUCUUUGACCACUGAGCCACUUUUUUAAGUUUGGAAACAGAAAAUAAUCUGAGGGGGCUAAAUCUGGCGAAUAGGGUGCAUGAGGUACCAAUUCAAACUUUAAUUCGUUAAUUUUGGCCAUUGCAAUAACGGAAUUGUGAGCUGGUGCAUUGUCUUGAUGAAACAACACUUUCUUCUUGACCAAAUGCGGCCGUUUUUGCUUGAUUUCUUCGCUCAAACGUUGCAAUAAGUUCGCAUAACACUCGCCGUUGAUAGUUUUACCUUUUUCAAGAUAGUCAAUGAAAAUGAUCCCUGACCUAACCAACGCCAUGACUUUGCCUGCAGAUGAAACGUUUUCGCCUUCUUUGAAGUCGGUGCUCCCUUUUAAGGCCAUUGCUUUGAUUGUUCUUUUGUCUCAGGUGUGAAGUCAUGGACCCAUGUUUCAUCCAUGGUUAUGAAACGACGCAAAAAUUUUGUUUUGUUGCUAUUCAAUUUCGCUAAACACUCAACUGAAACAUCUUCACCACACUGUUUUUGCUCGAGUGUGAGCAAACGCGGCACCCAUCUUGCACACAGCUUUCUCAUGUCAAAAUUUUCAGUUAAUAUGCGAUGUACCGCACUUUUUGAAAUGCCUACUAUGUCCGCUAGCUCGCGCACCUCAGUCGACGAUCAUCCAGUACCACUUUAUGAAUUUUCUUUAAAAUUUCUGGAGUCGUCAGCUCAUUUGGUCGACCACUGCGAUGCUCGUCUUGGCAGCUCGUGCGGCCUCGUCUAAACUCUGCUACCCAAUAUUUUACUGUUGUUAACCAAGGAGCAGACUCGCCCAGAGUAGAAUCCAGUUCAGCUUUUAUAUUAGUUGGGCUGAGGCCUUUCAAAUAAAAGUAUUGUAUCACAUAACGAUGACCAAUUUUUACAAAUUAACUGAAAACGUUCACUAUUGAUGGCUGCCAAACAAAUACUAAACAAAGUGGCGUCUUCAAACUUGAAACAUAUGCUUUAUAGAUUGUAUACUUUCUAAUACACUGAUAUUUUUCAAACUACUACCGACAUCUCUAACUCGCGUCUAUAGACUAUAAUCUACUUUGGCUCCCUUGAUCCUACAAGGUCAAAUUAAGAUACUUGUGAAAUUUAAAUGCCUACACUGCUCAAACAAUUAAUGUUAAGAAUAGUAUUACGUGUUUUUUCCUGAAAUCUUUAACUGUUUCUUUAAGGUGAUUAAACUGUAAAAACGAAGUCAUAACAACAAAUUUCAUUCAUCGACGUCCAAAAUUGAUAACGAAAGCCUAGGCCGCAAUCAUUUGAAUUUGAUCCUCUUUCUCAACUACCUAUUCGAUAAUUGUUUUGCUGAGUGUGUGUAAUACUGAUUUUCUCCUCAAGUUCUAAAAUAUGAACUUAAUCUAGGUAUAUUUUAGGUCUAUGAUUUUAGAAAAGAAAAAAUAACACAGUUGAACGAUAAACAAUUUAUUAAUUAUUAUAUUAUGACCUGGGUGUGGAAAACAAAAGUUGAUUAGCUAUUAUAUCAGCUUCCUCAGCUUUGGGUGCUGCAAGCACGUUUUUUUUUGUUUUCUUGGAGCUUUUUUUUGUGGAGUACAAAAGUUUUUCUCUCUUGUAGGCAGAUUUAUUUAAGAUUUCGACUAAUGCGUCAUUUUCAUUUUUUUGUUGAAUACUCGCCUGGUUUAUAACCAAUAUAUUAUUGUUAUGUUUUUCAUCUGCAAAAAAAAUAAUAUAAAUAAACAAAAUUAUAGACAAGUUCAGAAAAAAUGAAAGUUUGUACAUUGAUUAUUAAGACUCAAGCACAAGAUACACUAAAUUGAUUAUUCUUUCUAACACCAGUUGAAGAUCGAUUAGACAUUGAGGUAAUAAAUAGCUGUAGACUAAUUUCACUUAAAGCACUAUAAAAGAGUAAAGUGAAUAAUUUGGGAACCUACCAAAUUAGGCAUCAUGAAACUAUAAAACCCCUACAGAAAAAUUGAGUUUUUAUACAAUUAUUAUAGUACUAGUAAGUACCCACAUUCCUGCUAACCUCUACCAUUAUACACACACAAGUGCCCAACUACAAUACCAAGACCAAUACCAGAUGACCCUUAUGCUCAACAUAACAUUAAACAGACCUGUAUUUCUUGCGGAUUAAACUUGCUGACAGUGGUAUCUAUUGAGAUGUCCAAUAAUAAAAUUUUCUAUUUCUUCAAACAUAUAGGCAAAUAAAAAAGAAAAAAACAUUUAUUACACAUUGCAACACAUUUGAAAGUUUUGUUAGGUGCAAUUCCAUUCAAUGAUUCAGCUGAAAUAGGAAUACCGAUAAGUAAAUAAAUCUAGUAUAAAUGGAAUAAUAGACAAAAAAACUAUGUGGGUUAGAUUGGAGCAGUUUCGGGCAUGGACUGGGUUCAUAUCUGUACAUUCCAAUUUUGCCUGCUUUUAGAGAACAUAAAAGUUGUAUUGCAGUAGUUGGCAGCAGUGUUUACUUUAAUACAGAUUACAUAUUAUAUUAAAUAUCGCUAAGAAGAACGAAAAUUUGAAAUGUCGAGGUGUCCCACGUCCAAACCUGCCCUACUCUAUCCUAGCUGUACAAUAAAAGUACCUAUAUUUAAUACUAAACUUAAAUCAACUUACAUGGAUGAAACUUUUUCAAGUGCUUUCUUAAAUUAGAAAAUAUUGACGUGCAUAUCGUACAUGUAUGCUCCAUUUUAUGAGAAUUCAGUAGCCACAAUACAAGAAACAACUCAAAAAUAAUAAUAAUUACAUAGCCUACAAAAUAUUACUGCCGCUUGACAUACUUGACCUUGUAGGAUCGAGGGAGUCAAAGUAGAUUAUAGUCUAUAGACGCGAGUGGGGUCAGGCCGGGUACUUCUGGGACCACCCUCGUAAAUAAAACCUGUUUUAAUCUCCGUCACACUACAUGAUACACUUGUAUCAUGUAGUGUUGUUCUCUGCUUCUUUUUCUGUUCUUUUUAUUAGUGAAUACACAAGCGGAUCUGAUGAUGCCUAGUGAUUUUGAGACCUGUGUCUUAACAGUUUAUUUCAUUACUAUUUAAUGUAAGCCGGUCUCUUUGAGAAAAGAUGGACUAUUCCUUGGAAGAAGGCUUUUUUUUUGUUCCUUGGGUCCCAUUCCAACAGUUAUUCUCAAUAAAAAAUUUUAUCACAAAAAAUAAUAGGAAUAUUGUACUUCUUGAGAACUGGGUUUUGGGACUAGAAUCGAAGAUUUCAGAGAUUUGCAACAAACUUAGCAUUUUCAAAUGCUUUAAUGAAAAAAGUUUUUUUGCAUGCAACUACUUUUCAAGUGUUCAUAUUUAGAGUGUGAAAUUUUAUAGAGGUGUUUUUAGGAUACCUUCUAAGUGACAUAUUUUAUUUGCUGCAUAUUUUAAUAUAAAUAAUUAAUUUUCUUCAAAAUAAUAAUUAUUAGAUAAAAUUUAAAUGACUAUCAUCAGAAUGUAAGAAAGUCGCCUCUAAAUCUUGAAGACCAGUAGUUUAAAUUAACUUGGCAAUGGCGUAACACUUCGGUAUAGUCUUAAUAAAGUAUUUUAAACGGGAAUUAUUAAAUUUAUUUUAUAUUAUCAUAUGUCUUUCUGCAAGUUCCAAAACAAAGUAUAUGGGGAAUCACAAUAAAUUAGACUAGUUUGUUAAUUAUUGCAAAAACAUAAUUAAAUAACACAUCUAAGGCAGAUGAAUUUUAAAGGGAUUAACACCAACUUUUUCGCACAAAUUACAUUUUUUGUGGAUUCAGUCAGCUGUUUAGGUUUUAGACAAUAAUAUACAACUAUAUUUAUAGGCCUACAAAAGCGUUGAAAUUUCUAGGUUAUGUAUGGCUUUAUACUAAAGUUAUUAUAAUAACGCUUCUGGUACAUGAAAGUGAAAUUUCAAAAUUGUCACAAUUAUAGGCAGUAAGUUUGGUGUUUUUUAUACUAAGGAUACUCAGGACUAUAUUUUUCCUUAAGUGUUAUUCACAUCUUUCACUCGGUAGAAAAUGUAUAUCUAGAUGGUGUUAGCCUAUCCACUAUAAUUAUUAAUAUGAAAGUGACGCGUCAAAGUAAUUUUAAGCAGUAACUAGUGUGACACGUAGGGAAACAAUGCGGGUGCAAAAGAGGCGAAUGUGUUUUGUGAAUUCAGUGGUUAGUAGGUCGGUAACAGCUAAACUUUAAACGGUUACGUAUCAUUUAAAUAUUUCGUUUUAGAAUAAAGUUGGAUUACAUCUGUCAACAGUGCCAAAAUGCUUUACUUAUGGAAAAAUUACUCCAUUAAAAGAUCAUGAUAAUAACCAGCAUUUUGGGAGUCUUAGAUAUGUAAUAUUUAGUUUAUUACUAUACGGUUAUUUGAAGUCAAAUAUAAGCUGAAUGUUCAACAGCUCAGGCUCUAAAUGAAUAAUUUGGAAUGUACUAAGAUCUAUAACCACUGUAAGGAGGCAGCUUAUAAAUGAGUAUUCUGGCAUAAUUUUUGUAAUAACAAUCCGAAGUCUGCUUUAUUAUACUGUUACUACUAAGAAGACACCAAACCAAGUUUGUCCAGUUUACAGAGUAAUAUUUCGUGGACUAAAGGGGUUUCAGUACUAUAAUAUUAUGACCUGACUUUUAUAGGCUUCUUGCUUUAGAUAAUUAAAUUAAAAAAAAAAAAAGAUUGACAAAUCUCUUAUAUUUAGCUGUUAUAGUGAAAGUGCAAUGCAUUCUUUAACGAAUUAAUAAGAGUUUUUUUAAUUUUUGGUACACAGGCACACCACAAUUUUUAGGGCAACUGGGACACGUUUCUCUUUUGCAAAAAUAUAUAACUCUCUUAAGAUUUAUGAGUAUCAAGGGAAAUUUUUUAUUUUGUAGGUUUUAGGUAGACCGAUUCCAAUUGUCCUAUGUUAGAUAACAAAACGUAAUUCUGUGCACUAUAAUUUUUUGACGCAAAAACUAUUGUAAAAAGCAAUGUACUACCUGUGUAAAGUGCGUUUAAUUAAAUUAUUGGUUUAUAAAAGAAAUUUUUAUUAAUUGUUAUUAUUUAAUUUUUAUUCUUCCUCAGUAUAGUAGAUAGUAGUGUCUCUUUUAAAUAAUGGCUAUUGACAGUAGUUUAUAAAUUACUAAAAUAUUAUUUCAAAGGCCCUGUAUAUUGUUUUAUCGAAGCUUGUUUUUAUUAUUAAUUAUUAUUGUAUAUAUUAUUUUAAUUGAAUAAAGUAAUGGAAUUUA